AUGAAUUUAUUGAACAUCGCUAAACAUCUUCUUGAUUUGGCUCAAACUGAAUUUGGAUAUGAAAAUUCUGCAAUGACUACUGGUGAAAUUUUUAUUGUAGAACGAUUAUUCGAAGUUUUGAAGUCAUUUAAAGAUAGCUACUUCAGUGAGCUGUACACUUAUGAUUCUCUCGAAUUCGAAGAUGAAUAUGAUGAAACAACUGAAGAAGAAGACAACAGUGGUGAAACGAUUGAUGAAGCAAAGAGCGACGAUGAAAUGGAUGAUUACAAUGAAAAUGAACAUUCUGAUCUGAGAAAUCGUUUUACAUUAGAUGAAAUGAAAAAAAUAAUCGAAUGUGUUGAUCAACAUCCAAAUGCUAGAUUUGCAACUCUUUCCCAUCGUUUUAAAAAGAUGUUUCAUCGUCCAGACUUACAAUCAACAUUUCAUCCUUUUCGUUCGAAACAUGUGCUCGGUAUCCGUCGCGAAGAUCAAUCACCAUGGGAACGUCGUGCUCCAUUAGCGCCUGAACAUGUUCGGACACUUGUAGAAAAUCAUAAGAUAAAAGUUCUUAUUCAACCAUCAAAUCGUCGUGUUUUUCCAAUAUCAGCAUAUGUUGAUGCAGGUGCUAUUGUUCAAGAAGACUUAAGUAAAGCAUCAGUUAUAAUUGGUGUUAAACAAGUUCCUGUUGAUUUAUUAUUACCCAAUAAAAUUUAUGCCAUCUUUUCACAUACGCAUAAAGCACAAAUAGAUAAUAUGCCAUUAUUAGAUGCAUGCUUAGAAAAAAACAUAACAUUAAUUGAUUAUGAAAAACUUGUUGAUGAAAAAGGUGUUCGUUUAGUUGCAUUUGGAAAAUAUGCUGGAGUUGUUGGAAUGAUUAAUAUUUUACACGGACUUGGUUUAAGAUUUCUUGCACUUGGUCAUCACACACCAUUUAUGCAUAUUGCUCUUGCGCAUAAUUAUCGAAAUAUUGAACACGCUCGAACGGCUAUUCGAGAUGCUGGACAUGAUAUUGGUCGGGAUCUUAUGCCAAAAUCUAUUGGUCCAAUAGUUUUUGUUUUUACUGGAGCAGGAAAUGUUUCUCAAGGUGCUCAAGAAGUUUUUCGUGAAUUACCAAUUGAAUAUGUCGAUAUAAAAACUCUUCCAGAAGUUGCUCAACAUGGUGCGACUAAUAAAGUGUAUGGAUGUGUUAUUGACCGUGAAGAUAAUUUAAUUAAUAAAGAAACAGGAAAAUAUGAUGAAGAAGAAUAUUUAAAAUAUCCUGAAAGAUAUACAUCAACAUUUAGUACACAAAUUGCUCCAUAUGCAACAUGUAUCAUCAAUGGAAUUUAUUGGGAACCAUCUCAUCCAAAAUUACUUCAUGUUGCUGAUGCAAAUCAAUUAGUAACUCCACCGCGAGAAUGGAUACAAAAUGAUGCAGAACCUGGUUGUCCAUCAUUGCCUCAUCGACUUUUAGCUAUUUGUGAUGUAACAGCUGAUAAAGGUGGCAGUAUUGAAUUCGUUCAAGAUACAACAAGUAUUGAUCAUCCAUUUUUAUUGUAUAAUCCUAAAACAGAUACAUCUGUGGAAAGUUUUUAUGGUCCUGGUAUAUUAAUUUGUUCGAUUGAUAAUAUGCCAACACAAUUACCAUUCGAAGCCACUUCGUUUUUUGGUUCACAAUUACUUCCAUUAAUACCACAAAUGCUUCAAUUAAAUGCUAAAAAAGAUUUUCAAACACAAACUAGUGUAUCUCAUGUUGUUCGAAAUGCAGUUAUAACAGCAAAUGGUCAAUUGACACCCAACUAUGCUUAUAUAUCAAAACUACGAAAACGGCGAGGAUUAAAAGAAAUGAAGGCAUCAAGUGGAAAACGUAUACUUAUAUUAGGUGCUGGUUUUGCUAGUGGUCCUGUUGUUGAAUAUUUAACACGUGAUGAACAAGUUCAUGUAACAGUUGUCAGUUCAAGUCGACAAGAAGUAGAUCGUUUUGCUUCAACAAAUUCUCAAACAACAUCAAUAUUACUCGAUGUAACACGUCGUAAAAGUGAACUUGAUAAAUUAAUAAAAGAUCAUGAUUGUGUUGUUUCACUUUUACCAUUUAAUAUUUAUCCUGAUAUUGCUUCACUAUGCAUAAAACAUCGUCGUCAUGUGGUAACAGCAAGUUGUGCAUCACCAGCAACAAAAGCUUUACAUGAUGAAGCACUCGCAGCUGGCAUAACCAUAAUAAAUGAAGUUGGAUUAGAUCCAGGUAUUGAUCAUAUGCUUGCAAUGGAAUUAUUUGAAAUUAUUCGUGAUAAUGGUGGUUGUAUAGAUUCUUAUGUAUCAUAUUGUGGUGAUUUACCAGCUCCAGAACAUUCUGAUAAUCCUUUAAGAUAUAAAUUUUGUCAGUCACCUCGUGGUGUUCUUACAGCUUUACUUAAACCAGCUAAAUAUUUAAUGAAAAACAAAAUUAUUCAAUUUGAAGCUAAUGGUGGUAUUAUAAAAAAUGGAUGUACAACACCAAAUUUUCUUCCAGGUUUUAAUCUUGAAUGUUAUCCAAAUCAAGAUAGUACAAAGUAUAUUGAUUCGUUUCAGCUUGAUACAGCACACACAAUAUUUCGAGGAACUUUAAGAUAUAAAGGUUUUUGUUCAAAUAUCCUUGGAUUAAUUCGUCUUGGUUUACUUAGUGAUAAACCACAUCCAAGUUUACAAUCUACUGAUAAUCUUACAUGGAAAGAAUUUAUGUGUGAUUUAUUACAUUUACAACGUGAUACAUCAGUAAGCACACUUCGAGAUGCUAUUCUUCAACGAUUAAAAAAUGAAAGUCAAUUAGAAACUAUUGAUCAACUUGGUCUUCUCUCAGAAGACAUUCUUGUUGAAACAUGUUCAAAUCCACUUGAUACAUUAAGUAAUUGGUUAGCUAAACGUUUAUCUUAUGAACCCAAUGAACGUGAUAUUUUUAUUCUUCAUCAUGAAGUUGGUGUUACAUGGCCAUCGAUAUCACGAGAAAUAAGCGAAUUAAAAAUAAUAGAAAUGGUUGUUUAUGGUGAUCAAAAAUAUUCUGCUAUGGCAAAAAUAGUUGGUUUACCAACUGCCAUUGUUACUCGAAUGCUUGUUGACAAUGAAAUUUCUGAUCGCGGCGUUGUUGUACCACUUAAUCGUAUAAUUUAUCAGUCAAUUUUACAUGAACUUAAAUGUGAAGGAAUUUCGUGGACUGAAAAAAAUUAA